AUGCAAGCUCGUGGAGGAUGGAUUAUACGGGAUCAUCACGGUACUGCAAAAGCAUGGAGAUCUUUGGAUUUGAAUGGUGCAGCUUCUCCGUUGAUGGCCGAAGCAAAAGCACUUCUGACAGCGAUGCAUCAAGCAUGGUUAAGAGGAUUCACUCAAGUAAUCUUGGAGGGAGACUGUGAAGUAUUGAUCAACUUAAUCAAUGGAAAUUCCAGUCAUAGUGAAGUAGAGAACCUGCUGCAAGACAUUGCUGAUAGUUUAGCCAAAUUCGUUUGUCCAAUGUCGUUUUUCCUUCCGGAUUCAUUGAUUCCGCCAAUAUGGCUUAAGGAACUGCUGUGUAACUAUUUGUUAACUUAA